AUGAUACGUCCGUAUAACUUCAAGAUCUGGGCUGCUCCGACUAGCCGGACGAACGUCACCCCAAACAUCAAGUUGCUAGCCAGCAACGUCAUUCUGAAGAAGGUGGCCGGCAACUGGGGUCCCAAUGCCACCUUCUGGUUCCCCGCCCCCGGCGGCACCGGCGGCAUCUGGAUCGCUGUCGCCAACACCCUGGCCAAGGUGAAGGCUGGGUUGGGUGCCUACGGCGCACUCGCCAAGGUCGAUGCCGACAAUAAAAGGUCCAUUUUAAAGAUGGUGAGCACGGUGGUCAAGUAUGGAUCGCUGAUCUCGACCAUGGUCGUUGACUGUCCGGCCGAAUCUACGGGCCAUGUAAGCCUGCAGCAGAUGUGCAAGCCUGUGUUCUAUUCCUCGACCAACGCCAUUGGCAUUGUGGUCCGUGGUCAACGCCCCGAGCGGAUCGGGGACAAGUGUUGGCUGUACUUGGUCGAGGACAACUUUCCGUUCUACCGUGCUACCGUCUUCUCCAACUGUUCUCCAUACAACCAGCCCCAGCACCAAGUCAAGCUUGCCACGAAGCAGUUCGCCAAUGGACAAAAGCCGGCCUCCUCCGAGCCUCAGCGGGUGCCGGAGUCGUCCUACGAGCCCGUUAACCACGAGGCUCUGGUGGCCGACAGCAUCCAGUGGCUCAUCAAAACCGACUUGCUGAAGCCCGAGGACGAGAUCGUCAGCACCUAUGUGCGCCGCUUUGACCAUCGCUAUCUGACCCCGAACCUGGCGCGCAAUGGGGCCCUGCAGGAAAUUCUUUCGUAUUUGCAGGGCAAGGACAUCCUAUCGCGUGGUCAUCCCGUUGCUGGCUCGCUAACGGGGCCCAUCUGUAUUUUCAUGCUUGGAGUGGAGGCGGUUGAUAACAUUAUCUCCGGAGGCGUGGAGUUGACGCUCAAAUACUCCGACUUUGUGAACACCCGAGCCAAUGAGGAGCGCCGGCUAAAGAGAAUGACGGUCGUGUCGGAAUAG